GUCGGAUGGUGGAUCAGUUCUGUUUCCGUUAGUCCUCGUGUUGCUUGAAAUAUUAAAAUGACGUCCAAAGUAUCGCGUGAUACUCUCUAUGAAUGUGUAAAUGCUGUUAUCCAACAUUCACAUGAUGUAAAGAGGAAAUUCUUAGAAACAGUGGAACUCCAAAUUGGUUUGAAGAAUUAUGAUCCACAAAAGGACAAACGUUUCUCAGGCACCGUCAAGUUAAAGAAUAUCCCAAGACCAAAAAUGCAAGUUUGUGUUUUGGGUGACCAACAACAUUGCGAUGAAGCUAAAGCUAAUAAUAUUCCAUAUAUGGAUGCAGAGGCACUGAAGAAAUUAAAUAAAAACAAAAAAUUGGUAAAGAAACUAGCUAAAAAAUAUGAUGCUUUCUUGGCUAGUGAAUCCUUAAUUAAACAAAUUCCACGUAUUCUUGGUCCUGGUCUGAACAAAGCUGGUAAAUUCCCUGGUCUUCUUUCUCAUCAAGAAUCGAUGGUGGGAAAGAUUGAUGAGGUGAAAGGUACAAUUAAAUUCCAAAUGAAGAAGGUGUUAUGUCUAUCAGUGGCAGUAGGACACGUAGAAAUGACUCCAGAUGAACUGGUACAAAAUGUACAUCUUUCCAUUAAUUUUUUGGUUUCGUUGUUGAAGAAACAUUGGCAAAACGUACGUUCUCUUCACAUCAAAUCUUCCAUGGGACCUCCUCAAAGACUGUACUAAUUAAAUUAGUAUAAAUGUUUUUGAUGUACGUUAAAGAAAUAAAAUG